GGUUGGCCCAUCCCGCUCUUUCUCAAUCAGGAGACCUAAAGAAGCAUCGACUUCCUCACGUACAGGUGCGCCCUUAACACCGCAGAGCUAGCCGCCGUGUCAGUCUUUCCGCCUGGCCAUAGGCAUUACCGGCGACAUCCAUUGUUGACGGAGUCAUCGCCGACCACCGCGUCAUCAUCUCCUCUCCUUCGCAUCUCCUUUCGUGCGCAAGAUAGAAGCACCACUCUUCUUCAUUGAUGAUUGUUCCUCUCUUCCUCUAUUUCUUGUUUUGGCGAACUAUGAGUUUGAAUUAGGAGCUGAUGGCUGGGCGUUCUUCAUUGAUGAUCAUUAGAAGGGCAUUUUGGUCUUUUGGGUUAUAUAAACACCUCCCAGCCUUUUCAGCUCUAGGAUUUCAAGUUGGGAGCUUCUUCUUCUUCCUUCCCCGGUUUUGCUUUCUUUUACUUUUAAUUCUUGUGUGAUUAUUCGGGUUUACGAUGAUAAACAAAAGCAUUCGAAGUGUGACAGGCUUCUUCGCACGAGAGUGGUUGGUUCAGUUAAUACGUCAAACACCUUGUGGCACUCUUACCUUGAAAUUGUUCUGUGCUCAAGCGACACAAAACCAGGAUUCCCUCUCUCGGAGAAUCGAGAGACUCCCCAAAGGAGAACUCGUUGGCUCUGCUUUCCGCAGUUGGAUGAGAGAUGGCUUUCCCGUUCACGGCGGUGACGUCUUUCACUCCAUUAAUCGGCUCAGGAAGCUCAAAAAGAACAAACGUGCCCUUCAGGUGAUGGAAUGGGUAAUCAGGGAAAGACCCUACAGACCUAGGGAACUGGAUUACUCUUAUCUUGUUGAGUUUACAAUUAAGGUUCAUGGGAUUUCACAUGGUGAGAAGUUGUUCUCCCGAAUUCCGGUUGAGUUUCACAAUGAGUUGCUCUACAACAAUCUAGUGAUUGCAUGCUUGGAUAAGGGUGUCAUAAGGCUUUCACUUGAGUACAUGAAGAGAAUGAGGGAAUUGAAGUUUCCCAUUUCGCACUUGGUUUUCAACCGUCUCAUAAUUCUUCAUUCAUCGCCAGAGCGCAAGAAGAUGAUACCCAAGUUGCUCACCCAAAUGAAGGCUGAUAAAGUUCCCCCACAUGUGUCCACCUACAAUAUUUUGAUGAAAAUAGAGGCCAGUGAACAUAAUCUCGAGAAUUUGUUGAAGGUCUUCUGUCGAAUGAAAGAAGCACAGGUUGAACCAAAUGAAAUAUCUUACUGCAUUAUGGCUAUUGCUCAUGCAGUGGCCAGAUUAUAUACUGCAACUGAAGCAUAUGUGGAAGCUGUGGAGAAGUCUAUUACAGGGAAUAACUGGUCAACAUUGGAUGUCCUACUUAUUUUGUAUGGGUAUCUAGGGAGCCAGAAGGAGCUGGAAAGAAUUUGGACCAUCAUUCAAGAACUCCCCUCUGUUAGAUCUAAAAGUUACAUGCUAGCCAUUGAAGCAUUUGGUAGGAUUGGACAGNUAUCAUUUUGGGAAAUAAUAAUGUAA